UCCUCAGUCGCGUUUUCCAAGGCGCCGCUCGUGACAUUGCCACGCGAUUCCAGCACAUGCCGUGGCACGGGGUACAACGGACAGGUACCAUCCAGUUCACUGCCCGGAUGGUCAAUAGUGCGCGAUAAGCUAAUCGGUGCUCUUGUGGACGAUCACCCAGGAACCGAUUCAAAAGAUUCUUUCCUUCUUCUUUUAUAUAUCUUUCUUUUUCUCUUUCUCUCUCUCUCUCUCUCUCUCUCUCUCCCUUUCUCUUUCUCUCUCUCUUUCUCUUUCUUCCUCUUUUUCUUUCGCUUUUUGUCCGUCGAACAGUGUCACAAGUUCAUCGAUUUUUCUUUUUGCUUCGUUUCUCUUUUUUCUUUCGAAAGAAUUUUCGUCAAUGACAAAUCGAAUUAAUUCUCGUUCGGAUCUGUGCUGGAAUCUCGAUCGUAUUCAUCCAAGUUUCUAUUCACGUGGACGCGGAACUAAUGUAAACGUGACCCUUCUACGAGCCAAGUCAAGGAAAAGUAGUUGAAGAGAGAAGGUACGGUAAAAAUUGAGUGAAGAAGUGCCAAAGGUAAAGGAAGAGGAUAGAGUCCAAGAAGUGACCUUGACAACUCAGGAAAGGAAAACGUCAAGAGAGAGAGAGAGAGAGAGAGAGAGAGAGAGAGAGAGAAAGAAAGAGAGAAAGAAAACCUUCCGCGAUCUCCGUCGAGAAGAACUAUUCACGGUUCCUUCUUCGAGGUGACAGCUACGAGAGGAUUUCUUUACGAGUGCCAAGAAAGAGUUAUGAAACGUUCUUAAAAGGCAGACAGUUGCAAACAAUUAUUGCACUGCACGAUGGCUACUGGAACUAAUCUUUGUCUAUUUUUCACCUUCCUGGUUUCGACGUCUGCCAUCUCGGUUUCCAAUGCAUCUCAAAACAAAGCAGGUCGAAGAUUGUUCGGGGGUUACAGAAUAGUGCCGAAGGUUUGCCAGCCGACGAUUCCCUCACGAACGAAAUCGGAGGAACCAGCAAUUUGCAUGUUCAAUUACGAAUGCACACGUCGGAACGGCCAAGUAGUCGGCGCCUGUAUGGAUGGUUUCCUCUUUGGCGCGUGUUGUCAAUUACCAUCGAAAAAUAUAAUUAACGAACCUUUGGAGAAAAUACCCAAUAAGGAGAACAUAUUGAAUUUCGAGGAGAUCGAUCACGUGCCAGAUAUUCCAAUUCUUUUAAAUCCGGAUGGUACACCGAUCGGCAUGUCGAUCCCGCAACAGAUUAGUAACACCAUAAAAACCGAUUCCUCUGGGGUAUCGAAUCAUCUCGGCGAGGAAGAGAUAUCUUACACGAAAAUAACGACGUUCGACUCUAAUCCAUCGACUUCCGAAUCACAUAGUAAUGAUGAAUUGGAGAAUGCAGAGAAGCCUCAGGUAACUCCGUUACAACCAGGUAUAAGUCAGCUGGAAGAUGAUUUUCCUGCACUUCUCGGACAACAAACCAUCCUGGAUAGCUUACAACUUCCAGGAUUACUCUCUUAUACGGACAAAAACAACAAUGCUCAGACUCAUAAUAAUCCCAUUGUCGAGAAUCCACUUGCAACGUUGCUGAGUCCGGAUCAAGUACUUCAAAUCGCUGAUCCGGUCGAUCAGUUACCAGCUUUGUUCUCUCAGGGAUUGAGUUAUAACAAUCAUAGUUCUGCCGAUACGAUAUUACUCAAUGAGAAUGGUACCAUGUUAAAUGAGACGCAUAAUCCGGAUGAAUUGUUUAAGCCUACCACGGAUUCCUCGAUCAAUCGUUUUACGGAUAAUAAAAUUGUUACUUCCAAUUGGAAUAUGGAGGAAAGAACGAAGGCAACGACGACGGUGCAAAGUACACAGUCAUUGACCGAACGGACAAGAGUACACGAAGGUAGCACAAAGUCCACGCAAUGGGUGAAAUUCCCUGAUCAAUUUACUUCCACGACAACCGAAAUGCCAAUCACGUUCACUGACUUUAAAUCCUCUAAUUUCAACAUGGAAUCAACUGUUGCAACCCAAACAUACACGAACACGCAAAAGGUCUUGAACGUGACACCUAACUCGGGUUUGAGCGGUACUUUUGACAAUACAAGCACGACAGAUGAGAAACUAACGAAGCACAAAGAAACGGAAGUUGAGAGUACGGUUAAACGCGUGGCCACAACUCCGAUGACCGCGACAAAUGGCGACAAAGAUAUGAUAAGAGUACCGACGAUUACUUACGAGGUUCAAUCGGGCAACAAGAAGGACGAUAUACUUGACAAAGAGGAAAUAGCGAUCAAUCAUAUUAUUUCUAUCUUGAACGACACUACACCAGGAGCAGAGACGACAGUCACCAUGCAAGGGCCUAUAUCUAUCGCUCACAAUUGGGUGAACAAAGACGAUACUUCGAAACCUUCAUUGAUCAAGAUCUCCUCUUUGAAACCUACCAGUACGAAACCAUCGACGUUCAAACCUUCGAUACACGGUUCUACUUUAAAGAUAUCCACGUUACAAUCUUCCACGUUAAAGCCUACGAUCACUACGUUAUCCACAGCAACUCCUAUCUUCUAUAAACCAAUACAACCAUCUACAUAUUACAAUUACGAAACCAUUCCUACGGAGACUAAUUACCCUACCUACUCUACGUCCAAUUCGUAUUCCUCGAGACCUCCAUCAACCCCAUUAACUUAUGGAUCGUCCAGCAGCUUUGCAUAUUCUUCGAGACCAACCACAAAUCCUCCGGCACCGACCGUGAUAGUUUUGGGUCCGCUCGGCACGGAAUACGUCACCCAAACUACACAAAAAUCUUUGAUAACUAAGAAACCAUCUAAUGGAUCGAGUAAGCCAAUCUUUGUUUCGACCAGGCCUACUUCUUCAACGAUUAGACCUGUUAAUAAUGCUAGCACGAAAAAACCGAGUGUCUCUACUAUGAUCACUCACAACAUCAGCACUGUCAUAUCCAACGUCGAUACCAACAGCAAUCACGUAGUUUCUACUAGUUAUAUCACGGUUAAUCUCAAAGAUACCACUAGUACGAAAUUACCUGAUAAUAUCGAGACUACGACCGAAGCUUUUGUACCCGAAACGAGUCUGGAAGAAAGGAUGACCACAAGAAGACCUACUACAUGGACGGCUGCACUGUCCUGGUCCAAAAAGCCAAGUUUCCAUUUGAAACCUUCGACUCUUAACGUUGUUUCCUCGGAAAAUACUCCAGGCGUUACUAUCGUUUUAAAAUCUACAACUCCGUCAUCACCAAUUGCAGCACCCAUUGUCCAUUGUGACGACGAAACACCGGCACCUGACGAUCUCGUCAACUUCCCACCCGUUAGAAAUCCUAAUUUAAAUAUUUCAAUGCCCUUGUCUCAACAAGAAAAGCCAACGAUCGUCGAGACUUUCAAUCAUACAGGCUAUCCAAAUAUCGACAUCAUCAGUGAGAAUGAUAUACCAACUCCCACGUUCAUCGAAGAUGCUCUACUCACAAACAAAGUCGAUAGCUUCGUAAACAAGAUCGUCGAGUCUCUGCAGAGUAACUUUCAGGAUCUCAAAGACAUCGUCUACAAUCGCGCUAACGGAUCGACGACGUCAACGACGACUACGACGUCGGUAACGAAGAGGCCAAUCACCACAGUUGCUGGUAAUACGACGAAAAAACCUAUUAGAAGACCAUCAACGACUGUCAAACCGUCACAGGUUACGACUAAAAGACCUGUUACUACGAAAAGACCUAAUGUACGACCAAGCACGUCGAGACCAUCUUCCGGUGAGAAACCUCGUCCAUCGAAACCUACGACCUUGAAACCGAGACCAUCUGUGACAACGCCCACGGUUACUACGAAGAGACCCCAGGUCACUACAAAACGUACGAAACCAAACAGAAAGCCAAGCACUGUACCUACAACUACGGCCGAGCCGAUUCUCCAAGAGGAGGUAGAAGAGGUUUCGAUCGAUACAACGCAAACCAGUGCCUUGAAUGUCGCGACCACCCUAGCAUCGGAUUUUCGUACACAAUGCGGGGUAAAACCUCUAAUCAAGACAGGUAGAAUAGUUGGUGGAAAGGGUGCACAGUUUGGAGAAUGGCCGUGGCAGGUAUUGGUUCGGGAAGCCACGUGGCUAGGACUUUUUACAAAAAAUAAAUGCGGUGGUGUUCUUAUCACGGACAAAUACGUCAUCACUGCGGCACAUUGUCAGCCAGGAUUUUUAGCAUCCCUCGUAGCGGUUUUCGGUGAAUUUGAUAUAUCGGGAGAGUUGGAAUCGAAGCGUAGCGUAACGAAGAACGUACGUCGAGUUAUCGUUAACAGGGGAUACGAUCCAGCGACCUUCGAAAAUGAUUUGGCCCUUCUCGAAUUGGAAUCACCGGUGCAAUUCGAUUCUCACAUCGUACCAAUUUGCAUGCCCGACGAUAACGUCGAUUUUACAGGCAGAAUGGCUACGGUUACCGGUUGGGGUAGAUUGAAGUACAACGGUGGUGUACCAUCGGUAUUGCAAGAGGUCCAAGUGCCGAUCAUGGAGAAUUCCGUUUGUCAAGAAAUGUUCCAAACGGCUGGACAUUCAAAAUUAAUUUUAGAGAGUUUCUUGUGCGCUGGAUAUGCCAAUGGUCAAAAGGAUUCUUGCGAGGGUGACAGCGGUGGUCCACUGGUAAUGGAACGACCCGAUGGUAGAUGGAUGUUAGUUGGCACGGUAUCUCAUGGGAUUAAAUGUGCCGCACCGUAUCUGCCUGGUGUUUAUAUGAGAACCACUUAUUUCAAGCCAUGGUUGCAUAGUAUCACUGGAGUUUGAGGUCAAGAAUGUUUCGUUCUUCUCAAGGACACUGAUAUUUACCCGUGCCACCUGUAUAAAUGUACAAAGGAAGUCUAAUUUAUUUCCCACUCGGCAUAGAAAGAUCGAUAUCGAAUAAGGAAAAGACCCUUUCCUACCCCUAACUACCCCUUUGCAACUAGUGCGACGCGAGAAAUUAUAAAAGAACGAGAGGUUAUUUCUUUAUAUUUCUUUCCUUUUUUUAUUUUUUUUAUCUGACACCGAGCGAGACUUUACGAUUUUUCGUUAUCGAAUGAAACCCUAUCCAAUGUAUUAAUUUCUUCGAUAGGAUAAACGAAAAAGUGGAACUCACAAUCAGUGUCAUUUAGUUUGCCGAAUUUUAUUUCGUUCUUCCUUCGCGUAUCGUACACUUUAAGAUAUUUUUACCAGGACACGGCAAUUGGUUCUCGUGUUCCAUGUACAUAUACGUGUAUCUGUCUCUAUACGUAUACAUACACAUAUACAUACACACACACACACACACACACACAGAUAUAUAUUAUAUAGAUAUUAUAUGAGAAUUAAUGCGAUGCGAAUAUUAUUUAUUUCAUUGUUAGCUGUUAUUUAUUAAACUCAUUUUUAUACGAGAAUGGCUCAUUUAUUCAUCCAUCUUAUGCAAUGUCUGAUUUUUAUGUAUUGUAAUUGGAAAAAUAAAAAAUACAAAAGUAAUAAA